UGCACCGCCGCGCCCGUCCAUCGAGGUCCGGCCCGAUGGCGCGCCGCAGGCUCCUCUGCCUGCUCUGGCUGGCCCUCUGUCAGACGGCCGCCGCCAUCGACAUAUCGCGCUUCUACGGCUAUGGCCACGUCCCGGGCAUCGCCAGCAAACGGUCCGAAGGUCGCCGGUGCCGUCCUACGGAGCCAUUCCUUUGCCCGGGAGGCGAGGUGUGCAUUUCUAUAGCGUAUCUGUGUGACGGCGCGCCUGAUUGUCCCGACAACUAUGACGAGGACAACCGACUGUGCACCGCCGCGCGGCGACCACCGGUAGAGGAGACGGCCAGCUUCCUCAAGUCACUGCUGGCGAGUCACGGGCCGAACUACCUGGAGAAAUUGUUCGGCUCGAAAGCACGCGACACACUCCUGCCGCUGGGGGGCGUGGAGGCUGUGGCAGUAGCUCUGUCAGAGUCUCAGACCAUUGAAGACUUCGGAAAGGCUCUGGACUUGAUGUUUAACGAUGUGGAGCACCUACGAUCCGUGUUCAUGGCCGUUGAGAACGGCGACAUGGGCAUGCUGAAGUCGCUCGGCAUCAAGGACUCCGAGCUUGGCGACGUCAAGUUUUUCCUCGACAAGUUGGUGAAGACUGGCUUCCUGGACUGAUGCUGCUCGCGGGCCCAGCUGCUGACUAUGUACGCCUAUGAGCUGUCCGGGGCCGGCCGGCCGGCCAGCUGGAGACCCCGCUGAGCCGACCGGCCCGGCGUGCCCGUCAGCUGGC